CCGCGUGGCUACGCUGUCAGAUGUAAACAAAGAGCUGUAGCCUUCUCCAAGCAGCCAAAUAAACUAUAUUUGAUAACUUCAUUUCGCAGGGAUAAUGGCUUAAUCUUACGGAAUCAUUUGCAGCAACAGAGGUCCCAUGUUGUCAUUGUGUAUAAAUGUCUGCUUUGGCCAUUAUUAUCAGGGUUGGCGUGUCAAAUCGCAUACCUUGCACGUCAACGCGGGGGACAACAAUCUUUAACGCUUUCAAGCAUAACAUCCACGGAAACCUGUUGGGACGAAUUUGAUACAUAUCCGUUUCCAUUGCGAUCUUCAAUCUGUUAAAAUAACUCGUUUGGUUAACUAUUUUGAUUAGUUGUUCAGUAAAGUAAACUUGGACAUCGGACUGUCACGUGACCCAGAUAGCCUCUCGCUCAAAAAAUGGUUUCAUAUCUGCAUUUGCAUUUCUUGACCGUACGAAAAUGAAGUUCUCGCAACUUUUUGGGCGACUUAAAUCUGUAGUUAUUGGAAUGAUUCAUGUCCAAGCCAUGCCAGGUACGCCUUUGAAUAAGAUGAACAUUUCCCAAAUUACCUAUGAGGCAUGCAAAGAAGCAGAGAUAUACCUAAAUUAUGGGAUUGUAAGUAGAUGCAUUGCACUAAGAAUGGAUGGCUUGAUCAUUGAAAACAUGCAUGAUAUCCCCUACUCCUUAUCCGUGGGGCCCGAAGUGUGUGCCUCCAUGACAGCAGUGUGUACCACUGUGAGGGGCCUCUGUCCUACUCUGCCCCUUGGAAUACAAAUACUGUCUGCUGCUAACAAACCCGCCAUAGCUGUGGCUCUCGCUUCAGGUCUAGAUUUCAUGCGAGCCGAGGGCUUUGUGUUUUCCCACGUGGCGGAUGAGGGCCUUUUGAAUGCAUGCGCUGGGGACCUGCUGCGGUACCGCAGGCAGAUAGGAGCAGAGCAUAUCCAGAUCUUCACUGACAUCAAGAAGAAACACAGUUCUCAUGCCCUGACGUCUGAUGUGAGCAUAGAAGAGACAGCGAAGGCCGCCGAGUUCUUCCUCUCAGACGGCAUCAUCGUCACGGGGAUCGCGACCGGGACGCAGGCAGAUCCACAAGAACUCAAAGCGGUUGCCCUGAGUGUGAACAUCCCUGUGCUGAUCGGCUCGGGAGUGACGUACGACAACGUAGAUCACUACAUGGACGCAAACGCCAUGAUCAUUGGCUCUCACUUCAAGAAGGACGGCCACUGGGCCAAUCCUGUCGACCAAGAGAAUGUCAGGAGAUUUAUGAGCAAGAUCCAGCAACUUCGAGGAUAAGGCUGUUGGGUGGUACUGACUUCUUAUUUCCCCAGGUUGGAAUGUGUCCAAGUGUUUUCCUUUCGUAGAAAAUGUUAUUGUCUUAUAAGUUAUGCCUUAUCCCCACCUACUCCUGUAUUACCUUUAUCACAAUUCACUGCAAGAUGCUAUGGAUACAAAUAACACUAAAUAGUAUAAAUUGUUUUUUUCACUUUAUAUUUUCUCAAUAAAAUGACACCCAGGCCACAAUUUAAAAAACAAGAUUUAUUCGAUUUUUUUUGUACAUUUUUAUAAAUAUUCACAAAUACAAAACGGCUGUACAUAAUACAAUUUCAUACAUUAUGUAAAGGCUUCAAUGAUGUAACAUGUUAAAAAUAAGAAUCCACUGAAAAGUAUAAAAUGGUAUACAUUCUGUAAUCUUUAAUCAGAAUUCAUUUUAAUUGCAAAGACGUUUAAACAUUAAAAUGACAAGUUAUGUUUCUUCACAUAUCAUCAUUUUUGUUGUUUUGUAUGUUUGGUAUGAAAAGCGCCUGUAACGCAUAAUCUAAACACAUCAUCUAAAUGUAAGGCACACAAUAUGAUACACAUUAAAGAUAAUGAAGAACUAUAGUAUCAACGUUCAACUUCUAACUUGGAUACCGUUCACACUUAAUUUUUUCCUAGUGACUAGUACUAUAACUACUUAAUCUGAACAGCUAUAUGAGAAUUUGAUACUGUAGCAGGAUUUGUACUGAAUCACACAUUUCUGCUUCCACUUCUCAGACCUGAGCAAGAAGAAGAGUGUUUCCUCUGCAGCGUGGCUCAUACAAUGUUCCCGAAAACAUUUGAUGCAUAUGGUGAAAGAGUGAAACUGCCGUGUACCAACAAGAGGAAAACAUGUUCAUGCAUACACAAGGAACGUUUGUGUAAUAAUAAUUUUUGGUAACCAUAACCAAUAAAGGUUUUUAGAUGUAAUCUGGCUAGCAAACCCAAGUACGUUCAUGUAAAAAAAUAAAUGAUCCAGCAGUACAUUGAGCGAUUUGCCCCCGGGUCAAGGGUCAAAGCACUGUGCCGGGCCGUAAAUCCACAUGUUUGACACACAAACCCACCCCACCCACCAGGCCAGGGAUCAGGCUUCUAGUAGUUGUAGAGGCGCUGGCCCGGCUGCUUGAAGUAUCCGUAGCGUUUCUCGCUGGGGGAGAAGCGUGUCUUGACCAGGUUCUGCCUGUUGAGGGCGCUGCGGCUCAUCUUGUGGCGCUCCCCCUGGCUCUGGGACCG